CCGUCUUCGUCUCUGUAAAGAAGUCACAUAUCUCGGUCGAUUAGAAAUACAGCGGGGUGAGGAGAGAGAAAAGAGAAACGCGUAGAGAGAAAAAGCUCUAGAAUCGUUCGCCAAAAGGGUUCAAAGCUUGAUUUUUAGGGUUUCUAAAUGGAGGACACUCGGGGGGUAGAGGAGAAACAGUCUGUUGAGAUUCCAGAAAUUACACCUCAUAAGAAGCAAGAAACACUUGAGGAGAUACUUUCUAGGCACAGGAAGGAGAUUACCCAGCUGCAGAACAACGAAGUUGCACUUAAGAAGGCAGCAGCUAAAGGCAGCAAGGCUGAACAGAAAGCUAAGAAAAAACAAGUGGAGGAAGAGAUAUCCCGACUUUCUGCAAAGCUCAAAGAAAAGCAUGCAGAGGAACUUGCAUCUUUUGGCUAUAGCAGCAAUAAUGGGAAGGAGAAGGGCAAUCUAGACACUUUGGUGAGGGCCAUAGCUGGGGUUUCUGUCACUGGUCAAACUGACCAAUCAAAGCCCAGUAAGAGUGUGAAGAGGCGUGAGAAGAGAGCACAAGAAGAAGCGGCCAGAGAGCAAAGAAUACAAGAAGAGCAGAGCAAAAUCGUAAGUGACCGAAUGAUUGAAAGUGAAAAGUUGGAAAGCAAGCUAGAACCCCUUGGCUUGACUGUCAAUGAAAUAAAACCAGAUGGGCACUGCCUCUACAGUGCCGUUGAGGACCAGCUGGCCCUUAUCUCAGGCGGGACUUCUCCUUACACUUUCCAAGAACUUCGAGAAAUGGUGGCUGCUUAUAUGAGGAAACACUCAUCAGAUUUCAUCCCAUUUUUUCUGUCAGAGAAUGUGGCAGAUGGAGCAUAUGAUGAUUCUCCUGCAGAGAGGUUUGAGAAUUACUGUAGAGAAGUGGAGUCAACAGCAGCAUGGGGUGGACAAUUAGAGCUUGGUGCUUUGACUCAUUGCUUAAAGAAACAUAUCAUGAUAUUUUCAGGAUCCUUCCCUGAUGUGGAGAUGGGAAAGGAGUACAAAACAGACGGAACUGGCUCGUCCAAUUCAAGUAUUAUGCUAUCAUACCAUAGGCAUGCAUUUGGACUUGGUGAACAUUAUAAUUCUGUCGUCCCAGUUUAA